GGAAGCGGGAGCGGGAGGCGGCGCCGGGCCGGGGCUGGAAGCGGGGUCGGGAUGGUGCUGGAGGCGCUGCGGCCGCGGGUGGUGCGCUGGGCGCUGCUGGCCGCCUUCGCCGCCGGGGUGGCGGUGGGCUGGCAGGCGGGCCGGGCGCGCCGCCGCUUCCUGCGCUGGCGGCAGCGCUACCUCCAGCGCCGCCUCGCCGCCGCGCAGGAGAAGCUGGAAGCGGCCUGAGCGCCGCCGCCGCUCCGGGCUGCCCCUGGCUGCGGGCUCCCGGCGGAUCCUGCGGCGGAUUCGGCUCCUCCGGACCUGCGGUGGGCGCUGCCUGAGCCGCUGGAAACGCCUGAAGCGCUGCUGGGGAAGGACAGCGUCCCUGGGGUAGCAGGGCUGCCGGCUGGACAGCAUCCGUGGAGUAGCGGGAAGGACAGCAUCCGUGGAAUAGCAGAGCUUCUGGAGAAGGACAGCAUCCCUGGAAUAGCGGGAAGGACAGCAUCCGUGGAAUAGCAGGGCUUCUGGAGAAGGACAGCAUCCCUGGAAUAGCGGGAAGGACAGCAUCCGUGGAAUAGCAGGGCUUCUGGAGAAGGACAGCAUCCCUGGAAUGGCAGUGCUGCCAGAGAGGACAGCAUCCCUAGAACAGCAGGACUUCUCUUCUGCCCUUCGCAAAGCAAGAUCCCAAACUGUGUUAGACUAACCUAACAAAGAGCUGAGGAUGUGCAAGCAGCGAUCCCCAGCCUGGAAUGGACUGCUCAGGGAGGUUUGGAGUCCCCGUCCCUGGAGGUGUCCAAGGAACAACUGGACGUGGCACUCAGUUCUCUGGGCUGGGUGACAAGGUGGGGAUCGGUCAUGGGAGACCUCGAUGGUCUCAGAGGUCUUUUCUAAGCUCAGCGAUUCCAUGAUUCUCGGAUUUCCAUAUUCCAAAAAAGGGUUGUCUGCACUUGUUCAGCUCUAAGCCUGCUGCUCUGCCUUUGCCAGGAGGCGCUGCCAACACAAUAAACCAGCAAAAGUCA